AUGAAGUGGGCGAAGGAGUAUGGACCUGUGUACAGAUUAAGGCAAAACCUCGCCAGCAUCGUUAUCCUCAACGAUUUCGAUAGCAUCAAAAAGUUCUACUCCAGGAAGGAGUUCCUGAACCGUUCCCGGUUUUGGGUCAUGAAAUCAGAUCGGUGCGAAGGGCUCGCGACCAUGAAUGGGACCAUCUGGAACCUCAACCGGAGAUUCUGUUUGCACACACUCCGCGAUUUCGGCAUGGGGAAGUCAUACGCAAUGGAUGACAUAGUGGAGGAGUUCCAGUGCGCCUGCAGCGAGAUCGCUAAGGCACAAGGGGAACCAAUUGCAUUUUACGACUACAUCAUGCCCUGCGCAUCCAACAACAUAUCGGCCAUAGUGUACGGCCGCCGCUUUCC